CCAUGUACAUUCACAAACAGCUGCAAAGUGAAUUCAUUCAGAACGGCUGCAGGAACUACAGGUUCAUUCCUAUUCUCUUCCCUGGAGCCAAGAAGAGUUAUGUUCCCACUUGGCUGCAGAAUACCCAUAUCUACAGCUGGCCCAAAGAUCAAGACGAUAUUCUCCGCAGGUUAAUGCGCGUGGAGAAAUAUAAUCCUCCUCCAAUCGGCCCUCUGCCAACAAUCAUUUCAAUUCCCCUGUAGCGUCAACAGGCAAAACCCUUUCGUCUUUCGAUGGGAAUACAUGGGUUGUGUUCGGAAUACCGUACUACUCUGGAGUAUGUAGUACAUAUAUUGUGUCUCAUUCAUGAAACAUGAGCAGAAUAAAUUUCUGUGUAUAUCGUUCAUCAAAUCAUUCUUCCAUAAAUCACACUAUUUAGUUUAAUUGUUUUUGCAAACUAUUAGUUCUGCUCAUAUUUCUCGAAUGAGACUCACUGUGCACAACGCACACAUUUACAGAAUAAUAUAUUUAGCUGAAAUGUGCAGCAUUUUGAGAGCCCACAGCGAGGAAUACUGUAGCGCACAAUGCAAUCCCGCAGUUUGGCUUUCCAGUUUUCCAGACGAAUGAAACGGAUGAAAGAUCAACUGCUUAAACAUCUUGUUCUUUGCUCAUUAUUUGAUCUGACUGCCAACAGUUCAGACAUUUUGACACAAAAAUGUAUCAAAAAUGCAAAAUAACUGACCGUAUUUGUUUCUGAGAUGAUAAUUGUCCGCCACUCCCUGAAUGAAACAUGUGGUGAGAUUAUGCGACAACAUUAAUGGCAUACUGUACUAUUUUUGGAAACAUUUGUUACAUAUCACAUACUGUUUCACAUCCUAUUUAGAAAGGAAAUACUAUGUAACAUACAGUAAGCAGUACACAAAGUCUACCAAACAUGACCACAGAAAAAAAAAAAAAUAAAGUACCAAAUAGUUUGAAAAGUUGUACAAUAUUAAUAUAAAUUAAACGUAAUUAAAAUCCAUGAUUGUUAAGUGCAAUCUGGUGUAAAAAGAUGAGUCUGAAAUGAACCAAUUAUUAAACUUUAAGAAAUGAUAGAUUUGAUCAUAUGAUUCGAAUUAUUUUGCAUUUUAUAAACUCUAUUUGUGACUCAAAAGAGUGAUUGAUGUUUCUGUUAUACUGGGACUUCUAUAAAAUGAAACAUUGUUUCGAAAAGUAGCCAAUUAUACUUAUCAUUUUGGUACAGCUAGCAAUAGUCACGCACAAGCAGAAAUGCACAUUUAUUUAUACUGUUAUAGUUCUCAGAUUUGCUGUUCUGUUCUCUGUGCAGAAUGUUUAAUUGGAUUGCUUAAUAA